AUGGUGAUACAGAAAGGAGCUGAGCUCUGCUUUCCACAACUCCUCAACAGUUCAUGCAGGAAGCCAACACUUCACUGGUCCAAAGCUGUGUUUCUGAACAUUAUGCUGCCCUGCCUCUCUCUGACCACUGCUGCUCUAAACCUUUUGGUCAUCAUCUCAGUCUCCCACUUCAGGCAACUUCAUACACCCACUAACAUCCUCCUUCUGUCUCUGGCUGUCUCAGACUUUCUCACGGGUUUCCUGAUUUUGCCAUUAGAAAUAAUUAGAAACAUGGCCUGCUGGGUACUUGGUGAUCUCAUGUGUUCUGUUUAUACUUAUUUGAUCACCAGUCUUUUCUGUGCUUCAACUGGGAUCAUAGUUCUAAUAUCAGUUGACCGCUAUGUGGCUAUUUGUGACCCUCUGCAUUACCCCACCAGAAUGACUGUGGUGAGAUCCAAGCUUAGUGUGUGCCUAUGUUGGUUUUAUUCGACUUUCUACAGCAGCCUUCAAACAAAGGAUGUUCUAAUUAAUCCAGGCAGGUAUAAUUCCUGCGACGGAGAGUGUGUGUUUCUCAUCAGUAAUAUUGCAGGGACCGUUGACCUUGUUUUAUCUUUUAUUUUUCCAGUUUCUGUCAUCAUAAUUUUGUAUAUGAGAGUAUUUGUGGUGGCUGUGUCUCAGGCUCGUGCCAUGCGCUCUCAUGUUACAGCUGUCACACUUCAGAGUUCACUGAAUCAAACAAACAAAUCUGAGUUGAAAGCGGCCAGGACUCUGGGGAUUCUUGUAGUUGUGUUUCUUGCAUGCUACUGUCCAUUUUACUGCUAUUUUCUUGUAAAAGAAAAUGUGGUCAAUGAUUCAGCUACAUUUUUUGUGAUCAUUUUAUAUCAUGUUAACUCUUGUUUGAAUCCAUUAAUCUAUGCCUUGUUUUACCCCUGGUUUAGAAAUGCUGUUAAACUUAUCAUCACUUUUCAGAUAUUCACGCAUGACACCAGUGGGGCCAACAUACUAUAA